UCAUCCCUACACUGUUCCCGGCUCAUGUACGCAGUUGAUCUGAUAUCGCUUCUCUCUCUGAGCUUUUCCUUCAAGCGUUUUCCGCCCUCUUCUUUCUUCCCAUACUUUCCCUUUCUCUGUUGGAUCAGGAUGGAUACAAAUUCACCUUUAGAGACUACAGUUGGGUUUAAUGAGGAAGAUGUGGAUUCUCUAGCUGACAAAGUGGACUUAAAUCGAUUUAAAAGCAAAGAAACGCCACAUGAUGAAAUGAAGGUUUUCUCAAAUGAAGAGGAGGCACAGGAUACAUCAGUAGCAGUAGAGUUUAAUCUUGCAGGUUCUUCAUUACAGGUGAAUGAAUUAGAAGAAGCUGAGAGCAAAACAUCUGAUUAUGUAAUUGAAAGAGUAGGAAGCCCUGAUGAACCCGAUGAUAAAUAUGAGAAUGAUAUGGAUGCUGAUACAGAUAUUAAAGUCAUUGUAGAAGAUGACGGCUUGAAUCACAAAUUUAAAAGUUCCUCUGAUCAAGGAGAUAAUGAUAGGGAAUACUAUAAAAAGCCUUCUACCUCUGUUUCUGUCACAAAUGGUAACUAUGAUCAACUCUCUGUUGACCCUCAGACUGAGGAAGUUGAAGUUAAUAAAGAAAUGGAUGACAGAAAUUUGAACCUUAACUCUGAGCUCCAAAAUCAAAUUGAAGUUCGUGAUUACUCCCCCAAGAUGGCUACACCUGAGAAUGAAAGAAUGGUAUGGGCAAACUCUAGCCUGCAAUCUACCCAGGAAACUCGAAAUGUUUCACCAUCUCCAAAGAGACGGUUAUCUAUUUCUGCAGAACGAUCUUCUCACAGUCAAUCACCUCCUAAUGGCCAUGCUUCUGCUAGGCUAGAUAUGUCAUCCCCUAGGCUAGAUAUGUCAUCUCCUUCAAAGUUUGACGUGAAAUCAGCACCUUCUCCACAAUCUUCAAAAAGACGGCGUUCUCCAUCACCUGAAAAACGCAGCAUGGGUAACAAGAGAGCUUCUUCUCGGGACUGUUCAUCUCCAUCUAAGAGGCCAAAAUCUCCUUCUGAAAGGGCAUCAAGGAGAGAGCCUCAGAACAAGGUUAAUUCUCCGAGGAGACACCUAUCACGAUCCCCCCGUAAGCAUGACUCUCCACGAAGGAGAGGAAGAUCAACAUCAAAAUCACCUUUGAGGAGAAGGGGUUCUCCUAGACUCCAAAGAGACCGUCGGGGAAGUCGAUCAAGAUCUCCAAAUGCAAGGUAUCGCAGUAUAAGAUCACCAAGGAGGCUAUCUCCAAGGCGUAGAUCACCUCCAACAUAUCAUCCUCGUCAACGUUCAUCAAGGAGGCCAUGGUCCCCUCCUCCUAAUCGCAACACUGGAAUUGGUCGGCCUGGUAAAAAUUUAUUUAUUGCAGGUUUUAGUUAUGUGACUACAGAGAGAGAUCUGGAGAAGAAGUUCUCCAAGUUUGGUCGUGUCACUGAUGUUCGUGUAGUUCGGGAUAGAAGAACUGGCGAUUCACGUGGCUUUGGAUUUUUAUCCUUGGAAAGGGAUGAAGAUGCUGAUGCUGCAAUACGUGCUGUGGACCAGACUGAGUGGAAUGGUAGGAUUGUACUGGUGGAGAAAUCGAAGACCUCUACUCGCUGAACCUUUUUCUUGAAUUUUACUUGGGAGUAUGAAAGGAUCAUCAUCAUCAUCCAAUCUCAGUUAACUGUAGUUCUUCCAAAUAUAUGGCACCGAUAAAGAGUUUAUGCCAAAUUGAAACAAAAGGCCCUUUCUGUACCUUCUUUUGAAUAUUUUGGAACCUCGAACCUCUAAAUACUCAUGACUGAACCAGCUUCUUGCUAAUUAGUACCUGCGGAGUUACUUCUAACCAUAGAGGUUCAAAUUUUCAGCUUUUGGAUUAAGUUCACCAGAGCAGCUUAUGGGCAAUUAUUUAGCUUGCAUAGAACCACCACAAGCCUGUACAUUUUUCCUCAUUUCUGCCACAUUAGGAGAUGAUUGCAUUGCAGCUUGAACUUUUUCCCAUCUUUAGAACUGGAGUUGCUGUUCGGACCACCGAGUAAGCUUUCACAGGCAAAACACUUCACUCGGGUGAAUUGAAAUUCAUUAUAUCAUUUCUUUUUUCUUUUUUUCUCUUUUUUUUCUGGAGCAUGUGAUACAAUUUUUGAAGAAUUUAUCUGAAUCACACACACUUCUUGAGC